AUGAGAACCACACCAACAGAAGCGCUGGAAGUGGCACUCUGCAUUCCACCUCUAAGAUUGACUGUCAUCAGCGCUGCCAAACUCACAGCAUAUAGACUAAGGUGUCAGGGGGAGUGGAGAGAUUUCGGAGUAGGUCAUACCAGGCUCGAGUUUCUUCACAAACCUCCCUUUACCUUAAAGCAAAACAGAAUAUUCAGAAUACGCCAAGUGGACAAAGCGUUCUCUAUAAACUUGACCACCAGGGCGGACUGGAAAAACAAAAAUCUUCAGAUGCAGCCGGGCACUCAUGCAUGGUUUACUGAUGGAUCUGGAGCAAACGGCUGCUAUGGAGCAGGCAUCUACUGUCCAGGAUCAAAUCACAAAGAGUGUUUCUCUCUGGGUAAAUUGGCCACGGUCUUUCAAGCGAAAGUCCUGGCCAUUCUGGAAUGUGUAAGACUCCUACUCUCAAGAGAGACGAAAACCAGGAGAUUCAAUAUCUAUACGGAUAGCAAAGCAAUCAUAGGAGCUCUUGCUAAAACUACCACUGAAUCUUCAGUAGUUUGGGACUGUAUUAAAGCUCUAAACAGAUUGGGCGAGCGAAACAACAUCACGCUUGUCUGGGUACCUGGCCACCAAGGUAUCCAAGGCAAUGAAGUGGCUGAUAGUCUGGCAAAACUGCGUACCUUAGAGGAACCAGUCUGCCAGAUAGUUGGAGUACCCUUUGCAACAGGGAAAAACCAUAUCAAGGACUGGCUGAAAAGGGAGCACAGAAUCUCGUGGGAGAUACUGAAGAGCUGCCGCCAAGCUAAGGCCCUGAUGACUCAGCCAUUGCCAGGUAGAACAAAGGAACUACUGAGGCAUUGGGCCUUCAAGGCACAUCUAUUCAACUUAAGCCUAGUUGAGGAGAGUAAUUGCAGAUUUUGCGGCAAAGAGAGGGAGGACAGCGUGUACAUAUUGUGUCGCUGCCCGUCUCUAGUACUCAAGAGAUUCAGAUUUUUGGGCUCCAUGUUUGUGGAGCCCGAGGACCUAAAAAUAAUUAAAAUCGGCCAUCUGUGUAGCCUGGCAGCAAAUGCCGGGUUUUAG